GAUAUGGUUUUUCCACCACAAAAGUUAAAUUAUCUUGUUAAAAUCCUUGAAAUGACAUCUUCUCCUUCUCCCUCAUUAAAAAUUCCAGUCACCUCUUAGUCGCCUCAAACCUUCAGCUUUCAUUCACAAUUCCUUGCCUGCCUUUAUCUCAUAAACACAAACACAUACAAAGACACACUAACAUACUGACAUGCACUGGCACAAGCAUAAACACUCCUCCUCGUCACCUUGUCUCCUCCUCUCUUCAUAUGAAAUUGUUUAGACACAGUGUUAGAUUAUUUGAAUAUACUUCCCAGAAUGCAUUACAUCGGUGUGAAAAUUGUCCUGAAAACUUUUUUUUCUGGACAAUUUACAUGAUGGAGGUUAUUGUGUGUCUUUUUAAACAUGUGCGUCAGAGUAGUCUGAUGGUUUUCUCUCAGAUCAACAUUAAAACAAUUCAAACCAUGAUGAAGAUAAAUAUGCAUGUUACUCACUUGAGUUUGUGCAUGACAGUUUAAAAGCCUCACAUUACACUAUGGCAAUAUGAAUAUUGCACUAGGAUUGACUUCUAUGUUUUUGUUAUAGUUCUGCUCAUAGGCCUACCCCUUGAAUUUAGAUUUUCAAUGAACUCAGAAAAACUUUCCACUUUCAGCAGGUAAUUAUGAAAACAGCUUUGUAGUGUCAAACUCUGCACAUACAUCAUUCUGCACAAUGCAGCUCAAACUUUCAACUGGAGGAAUGAGAAGAAAAACACAUUUUUGAGUGGAGGGAUCUUUAAAUAUUUAGUUAACUUAAAAACCAGAACAGUACGUGUUUAUACAAUGAAGUAAAAUCAGCCAUAAAUGUAUCAUUAACUCAGAAACCGUUUAUCACAGUCUUUAAGUACGGUAACAAUGCCAGAGUAAAUGAGGCAGUUUCAGAAUGUGCAGAGCAAAAUGAACACGAUACAUUAACAUCAUUCUUUUUGUAAUUAAAGUUUUCCAUUAACUUUUUUCAAUAGAUACAAAACAUAAUGAAACACAAGACCACUUAUUACAGUAAAACAGUGAAAAAUAAGUAAAAAUAAAAUAAAUCUGGACAAACAGAAUUAGCUACUAGUACAGUCAGAAAAAAACAGUAAACUGUGGCAACAAAUGAAAAAUUUAAGAUCAGGGGGCAGCAUGUAUCAUUUAAAAUGGGGUUAGAGAAGAAAACAGUAACAAAAAACAGAUUGUAGGAGUAUUUACUUCCUGUUAGGUUCCUCCCUUAAAUACAUCAGAAAUUUAGACCAAACUUCAUAAACCUUACCUCGGUACUUAUUAGUCCUUGCGACAUUAAUAUACUUCUUAAAUAUUUUAAGAAAAAGUUUUACAGGGUGUGUGAAUCCAUAUUGACCAAACCAAGUUUCUGACUCUUCCAUUUACAUUAAUGAGUGCCAUAUUUACCAAUAAUUAUGAUGAUAUUGACCAUAUAAGAUACUUCUUUAGAGAGAUUAUCUUUGUAUAUUAGAUAUAGUGUUAUACUCAGUCUGAACAUUCAGGAAAUACGGUGAAGGAGAGAGGCAGCACACUGACGAAGCACAGAUUUCAAUCAGGCAAAACGGAAGUCCCCUGUUUCCUGGCUGUAGUUGGGUCCUGUACAGCAGCCCGUGCGAGGCUGUCCUGGAGACCCCGCGCUGCCUGCACCUCUAUCGUCUCGGUUGUCAUGGAUGAUGAAGACGGCAGGUGCCUUCUAGAUGUAAUUUGUGACCCAGAAGCUCUCAAUGACUUUCUUCAUGGAUCUGAGACCCAUUUGGACACUGACGACCUUUUGGAUGGUUCGAGUGACCCCUCCAGCUCGUUCUUCUCUACCACUGGGGGCCAUGUUCCAGAGGUCCAGCCUGCUGUCCAGCUGUCGGCCAAUGAGCCAGCAGGCCUGCCCAGAGUCAGUGUUGACCUGGACUUCCUGGAGGAUGAUGACAUCCUGGGUGGAUCCCCAGGUGGUGAAGGUGGGAGCAAUGGCAUUGGGACAAAUCACGAGCCAUGUGACAUCCUGCAGCAGAGCUUGGCUGAAGCCAACAUUACAGAGCAAAGCCUACAAGAGGCAGAGGCUGAGCUGGACCUGGGCUCCUUUGGAAUUCCAGGCCUUACGCAGGUGGUUCAGACACUGCCUGAUCCCAGCCUCUCUGGGGCUGGAGGCGCUGCUGUUGGUGUAGGCAUAGGUGUUGGAGGAGCAGCAGCGAUUUUCCCUGGGUCAGCCCAAAGCACCACUGCUACUCCUCCCAAUGCCACAGCUGACAUGCUAGGGUCAGUGCUUGCUCAGCAAGGCCUCCAGCUCCAACCCCAGGUCAUGAACAAGGCCAUUAGCGUUCAGCCAUUUAUGCAGCCUGUGGGCCUGGGAAAUGUGACGCUUCAACCCAUUUCAAGUCUCCAACCUCUUCCUAAUGGGAGUCAGUCUGGACAUUUGGGUAUCGGACAGAUUCAGGUUGUGGGUCAGCCCACAGUCAUGACUAUCAAUCAGUCUGGGCAGCCAAUCCUGGCUAAAGCCAUGGGUGGUUACCAGCUGCACCAGUCUGGGCCAGAGGUAUCAGGUGCUGGUUCUCAGGCGGGGCUUGGAGGCUCAGGAGGUGGACUUCUGAUCCAAGGUAACAAAGCCACUUUGGGAUCUCCAGCUUUAAAUGGACCGGCUGUUUGUGUUAGCAGCACAAACAGCAGCAGUGGCGGUACAAUGACUGCUCCUGCUGGACUUGUGGGCUUUGGAAGCUCCCCUCUAAGUUCAGGAAUUGGACCCCAGUCGCAAACUCAAGGCCAAAUCAUGCAGAACGUGAUCAUUCAGCGCACACCAACACCCAUUCAGCCUAAACCCCCUCAGGGGGGAGCCAUCCAACCGAAACUGUUCAAACAGCAACAACAGCCACAACAGCCACAGCCAGCGCCCCAACCCCUGCAAAACGAUGCCCACAAGGCUCUAGGGCUGCAGCAACUUCCAGUUUCUGCUGCUCAAAACGUAGCCUUCCUGACUGGAAAACCAGGCUCUAAUGUUGUCCUGAGUACUCAAGCCACAACACAAGGCCCUCAGUUUCAACAAACCCUGUUCAAGCAACAAGCUGCACAACCAUCUGGCAAGCCCCUCAGUGUACACUUAUUAAACCAAUCAGGCAGCAUCGUUAUUCCCUCUCAGACAGUUCUACAAGGUCAGAACCACCAGUUUCUCCUGCCACCACUACAGGCAGGUGGGCAGAUUCUGACCCAACACCCCGGGGGCCACAUCAUAACUAGUCAGGGUCCUGGUGGACAGCUCAUUGCAAACCAGAUUUUAACUGCAAACCAGAACAUCAACUUGGGCCAGGUGUUGACUUCACAGGGCCAUCCUGGGGCUGCCCACAUCCUCUCCGGACCCAUCCAGCUCCAGCCUGGGCAGAUGGGCACACCCACCCUCUUUCAGAUGCCUGUCUCAUUGGCUCAGAGUCAAAGCCAGACACAGACCCACACUGUCUCAGGUCAUGCCCAGACAGUCAUACAAGGCAUGCCAAUACAGAACUCCCUGACCAUGCUGAGUCAGGUGGAGGGGUUGAGCCCCGCAGUCAGCCUUCAGCCAGCCCUGCAGCCCCAGCCAGGUGGAGUCCCCAGCAGCAGCAGCACCGGAGCAGCAACCAUGGCUCAGGGCCAGCCUGGAGAGUGUGUUACUGUGCUAGGAAGCUCCACAGACCAGGCUGCUCAUCCCACCCAGCAGCAUGUACCACAGUCCUCUAUCCUCGCCAUGCAACCGACUUCGUCUGUGUCCACGGCUACCACAGUACCCUCCUCUUCUCCGUCCAUGUCUGUGUCCACCUCUUCCUCUGUGACAGCAGUGGGGCUGGUCCCCCCUCAGGCUCAACACAGUCCAGGGAGGUUAUUGUUCACCAACUCAAGCAUGAUCCUGAGCCAGGAGUCUCUGCAGAUGUUUCUGCAACAGGAGCAGCACCACCAAACAGAGAAUGAGUCAACCCCCUCUGUGGGCGUACCAGCGUCUGUAAUCGUCAGCAGCAACAACAUCACUACUCCAGCCCCCGCUGUCCAUGACAGCCAAUUAACUGACUCUUGGGUGGGUCAGAGCCACAGCUCUUCCCCUGGCCUCUCCCACAUGACAGCAGUGGUAAAGCAGGUACCCUCCAGUGGACAUCAGCAGCCCCUGAAGAUCCAGGGCAUGUCCCCCUCACCGGCCUUGACCAGUCACGCCACAGCGCCCCCGGUGGCAGACAGCCCCCAGCCUUCCCAGUCUCCUCUUACUCUGAGCCAGCAGAUCCAGUCGCCACACCAUCAACAGCAGUCGCGUCCUCCCUCUCAGCCUCAGCCGCAGUCUCAAACUCCCUCCCGCUCAUGCACACCUUCAUCUCACCCUCCGCUCUUUAUUGUCCAUAACCAAAUUGCAGAGUCCCCCCAACCAACUCCGCAAGGUCAGCCACAGCAGACGCAGCCCCAACAGGCACACAUUCAAGUUCAGCUUCAGUCUCAGCCACGGCCGGCCUCUCAGCCGGCGCCCUACCAACAAGAACAACCUCCUAUGUCACAGUCACCCAAGCCUCCUCCUGCACCACCUGUACAGCACCAGUUCACUGCUCCUCCUGUCAGCACUUCUGCCAGUGCUGUAGUGAAAACCCAGGUUCCCAUCCAGGGCCUGUCAGCAGAGCAGCAGCACCACCUGCAAUUAGUAGGAGCGCAAAUUCAGACCCUGUCAGCCAUCACCCAACCCUCACCUCAGCAGAAACAGCUGCUGGAGAAGCUGCACCAGGUCCAGCAGAACAUCCUGCUGCAGUCCAAGCAGUCUGCUCAGCCUCUGCCUCUGCCUCAAGCAACCAGUCAGUUCAGCUCCCAGCAAGACGUGCCUGUCGACAAAGUGGUGAUAACAUCAUCAGCCAGCGCCGGUACACCUGCUCAGCUUCCCUCAGUGCUCGUCAAAACUCCUGCUACAGCCUCAAGUGACUUAAAGGUAUUCUCAGGAGCCCAAGGGCCAGCUGGAGCAAUGGUGAAUCAGACUGUCACUCCUGCCAGCCUUACCCAGCCUGCACAGGUUCAGCCAAAGCCAGGAGUGAUCAGCUCAGUUGGUGGGAUGACUCUGGGGAAAGGUGGGAUGCAGAUACAGGUGUUAGGAACUAGUCUGACUCAAAUGCCUGCUCCACAGCCCCCUGCUCCAGUACAAACUCAGACGACAAUGAAGAUGCCUUUCAGUGCAGAGCCCAGCAAAGAAGCGAGGAUGCUAGAACAGCUGAGGAAACAGCAAGGUUCAGUGCUUCACCCAAACUACAGUGCUCCUUUCCACUCUGUUGAGGACACACUGCACAGAUUGCUGCCUUACCAUCUCUACCAGGGAACUGCCAACUCUUCUCAAGACUAUCAAAGAGUGGAUGAUGAAUUUGAGAGGGUCUCCUGCCAGCUGCUGAAAAGGACCCAGGCUAUGCUGGAUAAAUAUCGCUACCUGCUCUUUACAGAGUCAAAGCAGAGAAUGGGCCCCUCGGCUGAGAUGGUGAUGAUUGACCGGAUGUUCAUUCAGGAGGAGAAGAUUGCAUUAAGUCAGGACAGGAUUUUGGCCAAGGAGAGACCAGAGGAGUUUAUGGCAAACGCACGCAUGUUGGAGAGUGUAAUUUCAUCACAACAGAAAUCACCUUCUGCUGAGCCCACCUCAGUAACCGGGGGUGUAGCCGCUGCUGCUGCUGCCGCCCCCGCUGGCCCUGCUCCAGAACCGGCAGCUCCUGCCCCAGCCCCUCUUCCAAACGUCACCCCGAAUCCUCCCACUACACCCACCCCAGCUCCUGCUCCACCACCUCCCGCUGCCCCUUCAACCACCCCUUUCCCUCCGACAAAACUGGUAAUAAAGCAGGGUGGAGGCGGAGCCUCUGUGUCCUGGUCCAGCAGCUGCCCCACACCUCCAGCUGCAGCCACCAGGCUGGUGGCCGAACCCAUCAGCCAGAGCUCCUCCACCUUCAGCCGUACUCCAGCAGCAUCGUCCUCCCUCUCCUCCUCCUCCUCUUCCUUCAACUCUCAAGUGGCCGACGAUGACGACGCUCUCCCACAGCGAACCAGCAAACCACCUAUCAAGACCUACGAGGCUCGCAGGAGAAUAGGCUUGAAGCUGAAGAUCAAGCAGGAUCAAACGGGGUUCAGUAAGGUGGUCCACAACACUGCCUUAGACCCAGUGCACACACCUCAACCUCAGCAGAGCAGCCAGUCCAUAUCUCAAACUCAGCCUGAAGCUACUGUACCGCACCCAAAGUCCUACCCUUUAUCAACCCCUCCCACUAGCGUCAUCAGAACUCAGUCUCCCAUAUGCACUGCUUCUUCGUCCUCAUCAGUCACCACAGCAACCACCCAGUCUAACCCGCCACUAAGAGGUAACGUUCCCCCUAGUGCUGCCCCAUCUUCCUCUACCUCUUCCUCUCAUACUUGGUCGUCGUCCACUUCCUCCUUCUCCUCCUCCUCCUCCUCCUCGUCCACUCAAAUGAACGGGACGUUGGAUCACCAUGACGCGGGCGGGGUCAAACACAAUCCUGCCUCCACUGCCACUCCCUCACAGACCACCUGUCGCCUCCCCCUUCGAAAAACCUACCGGGAAAACAUAAGUCCCCGGGUCAGACCUGGUGUCCCGGGGGGAGGAGACGAGAGCGUGUCCUACCCUAGACCCACGCUGUCACCCCCCAGGCACGAGGGCUCAUCUUCUCCCUCAGAGCGGACAGUGAUAGCCAGCGUGAAGGUGGAGAAAAGAGGCAGGGAGGCCUUGCAUCCUCACACGGGGUCAAGCCACGAAACGUGCCGCUUAGGGAGUGCAGUGCAGGGGCUGGACGACGUGGACGAGGUGUUUAACCAUGGUAUCAAAACCACACAACACCAUCAUCUCCCACAGCUUAUGGACAGGGAGGGGGCAAAAGGGAGAGGGGAGGAGCACACAGACCAAGAGACAGAUGUAAGUAAAUACAAGAGGGCGAAAGGAAAAAACAGACAGAGGGCAGCCGGGACAUUCAGAAUGGACCAGCACGCCCCUGGGCCUCCCUCUCCAGAGUCCUCCUUAACACGAGACUCUUUGCUUCCUGCCAAACGCUGCAAGUCAGACUCCCCCGACAUGGAUAACGCCAGCUUCUCCAGCGGCAGCCCUCCAGACGACUCUCUGAACGAACACCUGCAGUGCGCCAUUGACAGCAUCCUCAAUCUGCAGCAGGAGCCCUCUGCCCGCGGGCACAUUAAAGGGGGCAACAGCAGGCCCCACCAACACCAAAGCCAGCGCCCAGGGGGCUCUGCAGCCUCAUCCCACAGACCCUCAGUCCCAUCCUCCUCCUCUGCUUCCUCGUCCUCCUCCCUGGCCCAGCACCCUCAGGUCGGUGGCCGUGGCCACAAUGGCAGCCUGGUGCCCCAGACUCAAAGCAGAUAACAGCCCCUCAGCCCCAGGCCGGACUGACACACGGGAGGGGGGGGGGGGGGACUAAGAGA